CCCCUAGGUAUGAAGCAGCCAGGCUUUGAUGCUGCAAGGCUAUUCAAUGGGAAUCAAGUUGGCCGACAAUGGAGUCCCCUAGGUAUGAAGCAGCCAGGCUUUGAUGCUGCAAGGCUAUUCAAGUUGGCCGACAAUGGAGUCCCCUAGGUAUGAAGCAGCCAGGCUUUGAUGCUGCAAGGCUAUUCAAUGGGAUUCAAGUUGGCCGACAAUGGAGUCCCCUAGGUAUGAAGCAGCCAGGCUUUGAUGCUGCAAGGCUAUUCAAGUUGGCCGACAAUGGAGUCCCCUAGGUAUGAAGCAGCCAGGCUUUGAUGCUGCAAGGCUAUUCAAUGGGAUUCAAGUUGGCCGACAAUGGAGUCCCCUAGGUAUGAAGCAGCCAGGCUUUGAUGCUGCAAGGCUAUUCAAUGGGAUUCAAGUUGGCCGACAAUGGAGUCCCCUAGGUAUGAAGCAGCCAGGCUUUGAUGCUGCAAGGCUAUUCAAUGGCCAGGAAUCCGCUGUGUGUGUUUGUCUCCAUCCAGUGGUGAAAGGCGCGCAUUGCGGGCGGAGAGAAAAUGAAUGGGAAGAAGCCGCUGUGUGUGUUUGUCUCCAUCCAGUGGUGAAAGGCGCGCAUUGCAGGCGGAGAGAAAAUGAAUGGGAAGAAGCCGCUGUGUGUGUUUGUCUCCAUCCAGUGGUGAAAGGCGCGCAUUGCAGGCGGAGAGAAAAUGAAUGGGAAGAAGCCGCUGUGUGUGUUUGUCUCCAUCCAGUGGUGAAAGGCGCGCAUUGCAGGCGGAGAGAAAAUGAAUGGGAAGAAGCCGCUGUGUGUGUUUGUCUCCAUCCAGUGGUGAAAGGCGCGCAUUGCAGGCGGAGAGAAAAUGAAUGGGAAGAAGCCGCUGUGUGUGUUUGUCUCCAUCCAGUGGUGAAAGGCGCGCAUUGCAGGCGGAGAGAAAAUGAAUGGGAAGAAGCCGCUGUGUGUGUUUGUCUCCAUCCAGUGGUGAAAGGCGCGCAUUGCAGGCGGAGAGAAAAUGAAUGGGAAGAAGCCGCUGUGUGUGUUUGUCUCCAUCCAGUGGUGAAAGGCGCGCAUUGCAGGCGGAGAGAAAAUGAAUGGGAAGAAGCCGCUGUGUGUGUUUGUCUCCAUCCAGUGGUGAAAGGCGCGCAUUGCAGGCGGAGAGAAAAUGAAUGGGAAGAAGCCGCUGUGUGUGUUUGUCUCCAUCCAGUGGUGAAAGGCGCGCAUUGCAGGCGGACUGGAAAAUUCCCCGCAUUGCCGUCAAUGGAGACGGAGGAGGAGGAUGAGGAGGAGGAGGAUGAGGACGAAGGCCUCUCCAUGGAAUAUUCUUCAAAUACCCUAUAUACCCGGAUAUAAGCCGACCCGAAUAUAAACCGAGGCAUCUAAUUUUACCACAAAAAAAACCCUGGGAAAUCAUUGACUCCAGUAUAAGCCGAGGGUGGGAAAUUUCAGAAAUAAAAAUAGAUACCAAUAAAAUUACAUUGUGGGUGAAACGUCAGGAGAGAAUGCUUCUGGAAACCAAUUAUUAUUACUUAGAUUGUACUAUAUUAAUCAUAUACCACAAUGUCUAUAAUACACCACGAGUAUAUUAUAUUAUUAGUAUUAUGUCACAUUUUAGUGCUAAAUCAUAAGUUGCAUAAGAGAUGUGGGCGAAACGUCAGGAGAGAAUGCUUCUGGGAAACCAAUUAUUAUUUCUUACAUUGUACUAUAUUAAUCAUAUACCACAAUGUCUAUAAUACACCCCUAGUAUGUUAUAUUAUUAGUAUUAUGUCACAUUUUAGUGCUAAAUCAAAAGUUGCAUAAGAGAUGUGGGCGAAACGUCAGGAGAGAAUGCUUCUGGGAAACCAAUUAUUUUUUCUUAGAUUGUACUAUAUUAAUCAUAUACCACAAUGUCUAUAAUACACCCCUAGUAUGUUAUAUUAUUAGUAUUAUGUCACAUUUUAGUGCUAAAUCAAAAGUUGCAUAAGAGAUGUGGGCGAAACGUCAGGAGAGAAUGCUUCUGGGAAACCAAUUAUUUUUUCUUAGAUUGUACUAUAUUAAUCAUAUACCACAAUGUCUAUAAUACACCACGAGUAUAUUAUAUUAUUAGUAUUAUGUCACAUUUUAGUGCUAAAUCAAAAGUUGCAUAAGAGAUGUGGGCGAAACGUCAGGAGAGAAUGCUUCUGGGAAACCAAUUAUUAUUUCUUAGAUUGUACUAUAUUAAUCAUAUACCACAAUGUCUAUAAUACACCCCUAGUAUGUUAUAUUAUUAGUAUUAUGUCACAUUUUAGUGCUAAAUCAAAAGUUGCAUAAGAGAUGUGGGCGAAACGUCAGGAGAGAAUGCUUCUGGGAAACCAAUUAUUUUUUCUUAGAUUGUACUAUAUUAAUCAUAUACCACAAUGUCUAUAAUACACCACGAGUAUAUUAUAUUAUUAGUAUUAUGUCACAUUUUAGUGCUAAAUCAUAAGUUGCAUAAGAGAUGUGGGCGAAACGUCAGGAGAGAAUGCUUCUGGGAAACCAAUUAUGAUUUCUUAGAUUGUACUAUAUUAAUAAUAUACCACAAUAUCUAUAAUACACCACUAGUAUGUUAUAUUAUUAGUAUUAUGUCACAUACCAGUGCUAAAUCAUAAGUUGCAUAAGAGAUGUGGGUGAAACGUCAGGAGAGAAUGCUUCUGGGAAACCAAUUAUUUUUUCUUAGAUUGUACUAUAUUAAUCAUAUACCACAAUGUCUAUAAUACACCACGAGUAUAUUAUAUUAUUAGUAUUAUGUCACAUUUUAGUGCUAAAUCAUAAGUUGCAUAAGAGAUGUGGGUGAAACGUCAGGAGAGAAUGCUUCUGGGAAACCAAUUAUUAUUUCUUACAUUGUACUAUAUUAAUCAUAUACCACAAUGUCUAUAAUACACCACGAGUAUAUUAUAUUAUUAGUAUUAUGUCACAUUUUAGUGCUAAAUCAUAAGUUGCAUAAGAGAUGUGGGCGAAACGUCAGGAGAGAAUGCUUCUGGGAAACCAAUUAUUAUUUCUUAGAUUGUACUAUAUUAAUCAUAUACCAUGGUUCAGCCUCCUUUCUUGGGGAUUCAUCUGGAAAGAGUUGAAAGAGGAGAGAGACGCCUUUCCUUUGGGGAGUCACUUUUACCUCAGGAAAGGCUUUUCUUCCCGUCCAGAGGACCCUCUCUCUCCCACUCGAUUUUAGAAAUUUCUUUAUCGAACCUUUACCUCAGAAAAACCUUGUGAAAUAGAAAGAAGAAAAUGCCAAUUUUAUUUAUUAAGAGAUUGUCACCUCAGACUUUACCUCAGAAAUGGCCAAGCCUUGUGAAACGGAAGGGAGAAACAAAGGCAAAACUUUUGAAAAUUAGCACAGCUUUUUCUGAAGGGACCAGAAAUUUCUUUAUCGAACCUUUACCUCAGAAAAGCCUUGUGAAAUAGAAAGAAGAAAAUGCCAAUUUUAUUUAUUAAGAGAUUGUCACCUCAGACUUUACCUCAGAAAUGGCCAAGCCUUGUGAAACGGAAGGGAGAAACAAAGGCAAAACUUUUGAAAAUUAGCACAGCUUUUUCUGAAGGGACCAGCUUUCUUCCCACUCACUCUUCUCCCAGCGCUGAAUUCAAGUCAAAGGGAAGAAAGGGAAGAAACAAAAGGUCGAAGAGACAGAAGACAGAAGAUGCUUGAAGACACUCUCGCAAGGACACCGCCCGCCCCCCAAAAAAGGUCAUUGUCAGGGUAAUGGGUGUCAGGCUAGGCAUUUAAUGUCUAUCUUUGCAAUAAAAAACAGGCUACCUGUGUGCUAGGCUUUUGCAUGAAUAACACGGUUCCCCUCGUGUGUGGCAUCGAAGGUUCCCACUCGGGAACGGACGGGUCCUCCCUUUGUUCUAGGCAGAUGAUGGGGGUUUUCCUAUACAAGCCGUAGGGGCCACAGCUUGGGGGGCAGCGGGGGGCCCGGCCCUGGCACCGCGGGGAGCAGCACACCUUACGGGCAUUUUAAAAGCUCCCUUAAACUUAGACAGUGGCUAGCAAUAAAAAUAUUAAUACCUUAACUCACCUACUAACCCUACUAACACCAUUCUAACUAGGGCAGGCUGGCCUUUUAAAUAGGACUGUGUUUUGCCUGCUGGCAAGAACCAAGCUGGGAGGGAAGGGGGCCUCCUGGCCCCCCAUAGAAGGGCUCCCCUAGAAGGACAUUCAAAAUGCCCGCAAGGUGUCCUGAGAGCAGCCCCUGGGGCCCUCAGUGUGCCCCCCACGGUGCCAGGGCUGGGCCCCCCGCUCUCCCCCAACCCAUGACCCCUGCCGCCUGUAUCUCGUCCGCCCAGGGCCAACGGACGCCCCCUCCCUCCCCGGGCGGAGCUUCGGCGCCACACACAAGGGGAGGCCAGCCGUGGCCGCCAGAACAUGGCCAACCUGGUUUUGGACUGCAAACAUAGGCAUGUAGGGACCCCCUUUUAUUUAUGUAAGGCCACCCACCCAGGGGACCUGGUUAAAGGGGAUCCUCUAUUCUUAAAGUAAGGCCUAUAGAGAUCUCCUAUCCAGAAACUAAGGCGGCCUGGCCUAUAGAGAUCCCCUUUUGUUAAACUAAGGUGGCCUGGCCUAUAGAGAUCUCUUGUUGUUAAACUAAGGUGGCCUGGCCUAUAGAGAUCUCCUAUUCUUUAAGGUAACGCCAGGCGAUGUGGAGAUCCCUGGUUCUUUUAACCCUUAAGGCCAACCGUGGGGAGAUCCCUGGUUCUUUUAACCCUUAAGGCCAACCGUGGGGAGAUCCCUGGUUCUUUUAACCCUUAAGGCCUGCCUGGGGAGAUAUCCUAUUCUUUUUUCAUGAAAAGUCGGGUAUAGACCUUCUCUUUUCUCUCCCGUUUCAUGUGCCUGGACUCCCGGAGGGCUCCUGCCGGACACCGUCUCCCAUCGGCCGAGAGGGAUCCUUCCUGUUUGGAAAGCAUCUGCUACACAGGUAAAAAGAAGAUUCCGGGAAGGAGAUUCCUACAGCGGAGCCCUAAAGCCAGGUGAGACGUUCCUUCCAACCUCCACGGCUGCUUUGCACACACACACAUGACACACACAUGACACACACACACACGCAUAUACAGCUGGGGGCCCUCAGGGACUCUCCCCCCAAUAGAUCGGGGACUCCCACUCCGGCAAUUGGCCAUUGGAAAUGCCUUGAAGCAGUUUGGGGCUUCCGGCCAAGCGCUCGCAAAGAGAACCCAUUCAAGGUAUACGUGGAGCCCCUUUUAUUUAUUAUUUAUUGACAGCAUUUCUAUUCCGCCCUUCUUUCUCACCCCAAAGGGGACUCAGGGCGGAUCACAUGACACAUAUAGGCAAACAUUCAGUGCCUUUUAACAUAGAACAAAGACAAACAAACAUAAGCUCCGAGCGGGUCUCGAACUCAUGACCUCCUGGUCAGAGUGAUUCAUUGCAGUUAUAAUUGCAGCUGGCUUCCUCUCCCGCCUGCGCCACAGCCCGGGCCAACCUUGAUAAAAAGGGCCUGGCACGUGGAAAACUCUAUUUGUAAGGCAAACCCUCGUUAAAGGAGGUUUGCAAUUAAUUUAAAACCAGGCUUCUGAGGGACCCGCUGCGUUUAAAGCCAAACCUAGCAGGUGGGAACCUCUCUUGUUGGAUAAAGGAGAUCCCCUCUGGUUAACGUAAGGGGAGGGACCCUCCAUUUUUAAUAGGAUGCCUGGCAGAAUCUUAACCUCAAUGCAGGCCUAUGGGGUCCAGCCUUAUUCUCAAUGACUGCAUAGCCAGGCAUGAAGGGACCCCAUAUUAUUAAUUUGAAGCCUGGUAAAAAGAGAUUUAUGUAUUUAUUUAUUUACUACAUUUAUACCCCGCCCUCUUUUCCCUUAAAGGGGACUCAGAGCGGCUUACAAGUUAUAUUUACAUACACUAUCUCAUUAGCAUAGCACAAUAUUAGCAUUAUAUAUUACUACAUUGCACUAUACCACUAUAUAGAAAUAUUGUUAGCAAUAUUACAUUUAAAAUAUAAUAUGUAAUUAAUAUUAUUGUAUCAUUGUUAGUAUUAUAUUGCUUAAUUUAUUUAUUUAUUUAUUUAUUAGAUUUAUAUGCUGCCCUUCUCACCCCGAAGGGGACUCAGAACGGCUUAAAAAUUAAAUUUACAUACAAUAUUAUAUUAUUAGCAUAGUACAAUACUGGCAAUAAAUUACUAUAUUGUACUAUAUCAAUAUAUGGUAGUAUUAUUAGUAAUAUUACAUGCAAAAUAUAAUAUAUAAUUAAUAUUAUUAUAUUGUAUUAUUAGUAUAUCGUAUUACAAUAUAAUAUUAUGAAUAUAUGUAUAUACAAUAUGUUGUAAUUAUUAUAUAUUAAAUUUUAUAUAUAUAUAUAUAUACACACACACACACAGUAGAGUCUCAUUUAUCCAACAUAAACGGGCCAGCAGAAUGUUGGAUAAGCGAAUAUGUUGGAUAAUAAGGAGGGAUUAAGGAAAAGCCUAUUAAACAUCAAAUUAGUUUAUGAUUUUACAAAUUAAGCACCAAAUCAUCAUGUUAUACAACAAAUUUCACAAAAAAAGUAGUUCAAUAUGCAGUAAUGCUAUGUAGUAAUUACUGUAUUUAUGAAUUUAGUACCAAAAUAUCAUGAUGUCUUGAAAACAUUGUCUACAAAAAUGCGUUGGAUAAGCGAGUGUUGGAUAAGUGAGACUCUACUGUAUAUAAAAAUUAGAAUAGCAUGUUAUUAGGGGAGGAGCAUCUUAAUUAUUAGAUGUCAGUAUUAGUCAUUAGAUGUUAAUAUUAGUUAUUCAUAUUAGUAUCAAUAUUACAUUAAUAUACAAUAGAGCAGGGGUCCCCAAACUAAGGCCCGUGUGCGGGAUGCGGCCCAUCGAAGCCAUUUAUCCGGCCCCCACAGCACAACCCUUAUUAUUAUUAUUAUUAUUAUUAUUAUUAUUAUUAUUAUUAUUAUUAUUAGCAUUGAGGCUGGGUGGCCAUCUGUCAGGGGUGCUUUGCUUGUGCUUUCGGUGCACAAAGGCAGAAAGGGAUUGGACUCAAUGGCCAACCCUUCCAACCCUCAUAAUUAUUAUUAUUAUUAAUUAUUAUUAUUGCUUGGUGGCCAACUAUAGUCUGGCCCUGCAAUGGUCUGAAGGAUCGUGAACUGGCUCCCUGUUUAAAAGGUUUGGGGACCCCUGCAAUAGAGUAUAUUAUUAUCCUAGCACAAUGUUAUUAUGUUAUAUAGUAGUAUGUAUGUUAAUAUUAUUUAUUCAUAUUAGUAUCAAUAUGACAUUAAUAUACAAUAGAGUAUAUUAUUAUCCUAGCACAAUAUUCAUAUGUUCUAUAGUAGUAUGUUGUUGCUAGGGGGAGGGGGCCCCCACUGAUGGGGAGGGCCCCCCCACUGAGAUCCCCUGUCAUUAAUGUUAGACCAGGCAUUUAACGCCUACCUUUGCAUUCAAGAGCAGGCUCCUAGGCCUUUGCAUUCAAGAGCAGUGCGCUAGGCCUUUGCGCAAGGAACACCACCCACGGCUCCCCUUGUGCGUGGCGUUGAGGCCCCACUCGGUGACGGACGGGUCCUCCCUUUGCCCUGGGCAGGUCGUGGGGGGGGGUCUCCCUGGAUGUGCAGGGGGUCACGGCUGGGGGGAGAGCGGGGGCCCGGCCUUGGCACCCCCCUGGGGACCCGAGGGGCCGCUCUCAGCCCACGUCACGGGCAUUUUAAAACGUCCCCGGGAUGUAGUAGCUCAGAUUAAUCCCUGCACUAACCGCUAACCCUACUAACCCAGUUCUAACCCGGGCAGGCUAGGCUUUUAAAUAGGACUGUUUUUGCCUGUUGGCAAGAACCAAGUGGGAGGGGGCCUCCGGGCCUCCCGUGGGAAGAAGGGCUCCGGCCCCCCCGGCCCCCCGGCCCCUGCCCUGUGCUGGGAGCCCCCCGCCCGGGCCCCCAGAGGCCUCCCUGUGGUACCGGGCUUGGCCCCCAUCCGCUCUGCCCCCAUCCGACGGCCUAGGAAAGCCCCCCACCAUCCGCCCAGGGCCAACGGACGGCCCUCCCUCCCUCCCAGGGGCAGCCGCGUUCCUCACGCAAAGGUCUGGCGCACGGGAGCCUGUUUCUGAAUGCAAACGUGGGGCCCAGGACCCCCCCCUUGUCUCCGUGCAGGGCCACCCCCCCAGGGACCCCCACAAAUGCCUGGUGACAGGGGAUCCUCUCCUCUUAGCAGGAGGAAAAGCCACGUGCGUAAAGCGGUGCCUUUGCUCCCGUCGUUCCCAAGAGCCCCCCAAAAGCGAGAUGCUCCCCUGGGUUCAGCCCUCCUGACCCCUGUCUUCUCCCUUGUUCCAUGUCUCCAAAAUCCCCGAGGGAGGGGCUCCUCCUGGACAAGAGCCAAGGACGGACGGACGGACGGACGGACGGAUGGAGAUCCCAGAGAGAGAGCGGAGAGCAGGACGCCUUGCCUUUUCCCAGCUGCUGAGGUCGACCCCUUUCCAACGAGGUCAGCUUUCAAGAAGAAAACUCUUCCCAAAAAAGUGUGUUCUGGUUAUUAUUCAAAGGCACAACGUUCAAUAUUUGACAGCAUUAAACAUCUAGAUUACAGGACAGUUUAUGUUACUGCAUUUUAUACACCUGACCUUGUUUUUACAAAUAAAGUACCUGUAUAAUUUUUGCCUCUAUAUAUAUAUAUAUUGUACUAUGCUCAGACUCAUUGUUCUGAUAUGCUGUUAUAUGGUUUAAUUGUUUAUAUUGUUUAUAUUUUUAAUGUAUGACUGUUUAUUACAUGUGACAUUGGGCUUGUUUCCCAUGUGAGCCACCCCGAGUCCUCCUGGGGGAGAUGGGAGCGGGAAUAUAAAAAUAAAGUAUUAUUUUGUAUUAUUAUUAUUAUUUAUAAUAUUUAUUAUAUAUAAUUUUCUUGCACCCCAAGUACCUCUGGCAAGUGCCAGAGUAUUUAACUCUGCCUACAUGGCACUAAAGUGUAUUUAUAUGUUGAUUGUUCCUAUUGAUUUUAUGUUAUGUUUUUUUUUUGCUUUGUAUAAUAAGGCAUUGAAUUUUUGCCUUAAUAAUAAUAGUUUUAUGAAUGUUUUAAUGUCACUGAAUUUUGAAUUGAAUUGAAAUGUCAUUGUAAUUGUUUAUAUGUGUAUUUUCUAUUUGUAAGCCACCCUGAGUCUCCCCUUAUUGGGUGAGAAGGUUUGGGAAGAAAUACUGUCAUAAAUAAAUAAAUAAAUAUUCUGUGUC